UUGGUAAAUACAUCCCAUGUAAUCCAUUGUGUCUGUCGCAUUUUAGCUCAACUUCGCUUUGGCAAGACUCCUCUUUCUGCCGUUUUCGUUGGUUCCGGCUGCCAAUGCGUCUUCCCGAUUCCUCGUGGGGCAGUGGCGCCACCGAGUCGUUUUGCACAGCCGAGAAUGAGCCAAUCAGAAUGUGACGAUUUGGCCCAUGGGCCUGUGAACGUGAAGCCAUUUAAGAGGAUGAACCUUGUCUUUGUAAGCCCUGCUGCCAAGGCUCCCCUUCCAACAAUCGCAACCAAUCAGGUCUCGAGGCAUUGA